CUGGUCAUGCUAUUAUUGCACAUUACACUAAGGAUGCAAUGCCUAUCAACAAAGCUACAAUCAUGCCAAGAGGGCCUACACUUGGACAUGACUCAUAUGAACGAGCGAAACGUAUCUUGAAGACUCAUGCAAAAGAGCGACUGGGAAGGGGCGUUCAUCCCCAGUCUUUCACAUGGAGCUGAUGAAUGGCUUGGGGGCCCCGGUUGACAAGAAGGAAGAAGUCAACGAGUCCCCGCGGAGGUAUAACAUCCACGUGAAAGAUCUCAAAGAGAUCCACAGAGCUGCUGUCAUGGGCAACAUAUUGAAAAUGCAGCGGUUGCUACUUCUUGGGAAAGACGUGAAUAAAAGAGACAAGAAAAAACGGACUCCUCUCCAUCUGGCCUGUACCAUCGGCCAUGUCGACAUGGUGGAUUUUCUUGUAGAGAGGAAAUGCGAGCUUGACCUCUAUGAUCAAGACUGUAGGACUCCUCUAAUGAAGGCUGUACAAUACCAGGAAGAGGCAUGUGUAACUAUUCUUUUAGAACACGGUGCUAAUCCAUGUCUUACGGAUAACUUUGGCAAUACUGCCCUCCACUAUGCUGUUGCUGGUGAGAACACGUCAAUAGUAGAGAAGCUGAUUUUAUACCAUGCAAAUAUUGAAGCAAGAAACAAGUUCGAACUCACACCGUUUUUACUUGCUGUAACUGAAAACAAACACCAAAUGGUGGAAUUGUUAAUUGGAAAAAAAGCAGAUGUACAUGUGGUUGAUAAGUCAAAAAGAACAGCCCUCAUGCUUGCUGCAAUUUCUAAAUCUCCUGAUGUAGUCAGGCUUCUUCUUCAGCAAGGUGUUAAUACCUCUUCUCGAGAUGAAUGUGGAUGGACGGCAGCACACUAUGCUGUUUUUGGUGGAUUUGAUGUCAAUCGCCAAAUAAUUGCCAAACAUACAGAAGAAAGACUUAAAAAUUUUUCGCAAAAUAACAAUCCAGUGGCGAAUAAGACUUCUGAAGAAGACUCUUUAAGCAGUAUUUCCGUUAAACCUGGUGAUGAUAAUGCUUCAUGGCCUACAUCAGAUGAUGACUUAAGUUUGAAUAUGAAGAAUACCACAAAACCAAACUUAAGAAAACUAAUGAAUGUUUCUCAGCAUUUCGAGAACUUGGAAGCAAAACUUGGCCUUGUAUCACCGGGAGAUAAAACUUUAUUUGAGGAUGAUAAUUCUGAUAACAAGUGUGAACAUGCGGUUGGCGUUCCUUCCAAACCAUCCGUCGACGUCUGUGACUCUUCUCCUGCUUUGCCAUCACCUGAUUCUAUUCUAAAACCUCCUUUCACAUUGUUAGGCCUUGGUCUCACAAAGGAAGGAGAGGAGUGGCCAGCAAUUGGAACAAAGGACGAUGGUAUUACUGAAAGUGUUCCACAAGAGCAAACAGUUAAUGACUGUUUGACUUCUGCUGACAGGGCAGAUAAAAAUGAUAGACAUGUUACGCUGUCAGCAUUAGGAUUCGCAGAACAAACUGAAGAAUCACCUUGGGAUUCUGAGAAUGAUUCUGAGUGUCUUCCAGAGACAUACAUUGAUCAUUUAUCUGGAAAUGCAGAUCAGAAAGGGGCAAGUACAUUAAAUGAACAAGUAGAAGAGUCUCUGGGAAAAUAUUCUUUCUUGAAGCUUACUGUCGAGGAGAAAGAUUCUGUUCCUAAGAAAGGAGGAGAAAUGGAGGGAAAACAAACAUCCAAAUCAGAUUCUUCAGGAAAAUAUUCUUACUUGAAGCCUGCUGUGGAGGGGAAAGAUUUUAUUCCUCAUCAGCCCGGAGAAAUGGAGGAAAUUAAAACAUCCCAAUCAGAUUUUUCAGCAGAACUAGACUUAGAAAUGACAACAGAAAAAGAGGAAGAAAGUCUUAAUGAAAGUGAAAAUAAACAACUGCAGAUUGAAGAAACGGAGAAGCACCAAAAUGAUGAAAUGGCAGUAUUGGAAAGCAUAUAUGCUUCUGCUGCUGCUGGACUAAUGCAUCCAAUAGGGAGUGGAAAAACUGAUAACAACCUAUGUCCUAUUACGGAAAAUGAAGAAUCUGAUGGUGAUCCUGCUUUGGAUAUAAAGGAAGUAAGGACAGAGGAUAAAGAAAAACAAACAUCAAAAGAAUCUGUGAUUACAUCAAGGUUUGAGAAAGCCCUUUCUCUAAUUUCUUGUCCUCUGCAAAUGAAUGAUGACAGCACUUCAAGUGGAACGGAUCUGGAUGAAGGAAGAUCUGCAAAGAGAACAUCUAGUGACGAGGAAGAGGUCAAAAAGCAAAUUGAUUCUAUGGAUGACUUCGAUGACUUAACUCUGUCCUCUGAAACAAUUUCGGAGGGUUUCCACGUGCCUUGCUGUAAUUAUAUGACUUGCAUGUCGCUAAUUGAACAACAUGGGAUGGAUUGUAAAGAUUCUGUCAGUUUACUGAAAAUCCAGGAUACGGUUCUUUCAUAUGGGAGAUUAAUAGAACUUAAAAAAUAUCACUGUGGACAACUUAAAAGAAAAAAUAAAAAAAUGGAAAAUAAGGCUAAGGGACUGCAAAAGGAGCUAUCAGAAAAAAAAGAAAUGCUAUCGAACUUGGAGCUUCAAAAAGUAGAAUGGGAGCAAGAACUCUGCAGUUUGAGAUUUACUUUAAAACAAGAAAAAGAAAACAGAGGAAAUGCUGAAAUGUUAUAUGAAAAGAUUCAGGAGCAACUAACAAGAAGAGAAGAGCAGUAUAAGAAAGAAGUUGAAAUGAAACAAGAACUUGAAUUUAAUCUUAGAGCACUAGAUAUGGAAUUGAGGACUGUAAGAAAUAAUUUCAAUCAGGGAGCUGUGAGACAACUUCAAGAAGAACUGGCCGAUACCCUAAAAAAACUGUCUACGUCGGUGGCUUCACUGGAGGAGACAUCACGUUGUCGUAUGAAUUUAGAAGAUGAGGUAAAAGACUUAAAGGAAAAACUGGCUCAGAGUAGGAAUCAGGGAGCUGUGAGACAACUUCAAGAAGAACUGGCCGAUACCCUAAAAAAACUGUCUACGUCGGUGGCUUCACUGGAGGAGACAUCACGUUGUCGUAUGAAUUUAGAAGAUGAGGUAAAAGACUUAAAGGAAAAACUGGCUCAGAGUAGGAAUCAGGGAGCUGUGAGACAACUUCAAGAAGAACUGGCCGAUACCCUAAAAAAACUGUCUACGUCGGUGGCUUCACUGGAGGAGACAUCACGUUGUCGUAUGAAUUUAGAAGAUGAGGUAAAAGACUUAAAGGAAAAACUGGCUCAGAGUAGGAAUCAGGUUGAUGAUCUUACAGCAAAACUGGAAACUAUGUCUUCAAAAAACCAGGUUCUUAUUCAGGAAUUAUCAUCAAUACAGACGAAAUGUGAAAAACUAGAGAAGAAUAAAAAGAAGUUGGAACAACAAGUAGUAAACCUCAGAAGUCGUGUAGAAGUCAACAUGGUAGAAUUCAGUAAAAUACAACAAUAUCAACAGGAUUUUGAAGAAAGGACAAGAUUGGACGUAGAAGAAAAAUUAAAAGACGUUGUAUUUUUAGAGAAACAAGUAGCAUUUCAAAAACACUUAGCACAGUUAAGAGAAGAUAAUAAUGCUUCAGUAAGAAGUCAAAUGGAAUGCAGAAUUAAAGAGCUGGAAUUUGAAUUAUCCAAAAUGAAAAAUUCUGAAUACCUUAAUAAAACAGAAUUCGACAUACACAAUCACCUCUACGUAGAAGAAGUAAGACAUGGAAUGUCAUUGACAAAUGAACUGAAUAAGACUAGUGAGAGGCUGGCAGAGACCAGUACCAAACUUCUGAUGGAGAAGCAGCAGAAGCAAACUUUGCUUGACACUAUUAAUAUGAGGCCAGCCCUUGAUCUGCCUUAUGGUAGAAAUGUUAAUACUAAUAGUUCACUAUUCAAUACAAAUGUUGCCCUAAGAGAAAACGUGGUGAAUCGUACCUCAAACUCACGGCGUUCAAGUAAUGACUUUGAGACUUUCUUGACCAAGAUGCAGCAGGAGUUUGAAAAAAAUAUAACUAGAGCAGUAAAGGAAGCUGCUGGUGAAUUUGAAUCAGGCUCAUCUGGUGGGGCCACCUCUUUAGAAUCUACUUUUGAAAGACAUACAGAUUGUGACGAAGUACAGAAAGCAUACAGAGAGUACUCAGAGUUUCUGAAGAAAAAGUAUAGCAUCUGAAAGAUAAAUAGUAAAAAUUUAUUUACUGGAUGUUUA